UUUACAUCCACGUCGGGCACACAGAGACGCCGCCAGCCAAACGAUUCACUAUUUCUGUUUGCGAAAUAAAAAAUAUUGACAUUUUGAGGGGUAAAUAUUUCUAAUUUGUAAGGUGUGUUUUUACGCCAUGGCCGUUUGUGUUGCAGUCAUUGGCAAGGACAACGGCCCCCUAUUUUUCCGGUGCAAGAGGAGGGAGGAUCCCGCCACGACCCACCACGCCGCCUCGCCGCUGUCGCCCGUGGGGGAACCAACCCCCAAAUGACCGAUCUCCAGUACAGCUUUAUCGUCUCCUCGGCCCUGGACAUCGUGGAGGAGAGGGUGCAAAUGGGCCACCAAGCCUUCAAAGGGGGAAACCCAGCCCUUGCUGCUGCCGGGGGUGUGGCCCUCUCUUCUGGGGAUGGACCACAAGUCGCAACCAGAGAACUAUAUCUCGGCGCACUAACGGCACAGGAAGAGUAUAAAGUGUAUGGGUACAUGACCAACACAAAGAUAAAGUUUGUUAUCAUCGUGGAAGAAACGAGUAUCCCUCUGAGAGAAAAUGAUAUUCGAAUGAUGUUCAGGAGAUUGCACGGUGCCUUCUGCGACCUAAUGUCGAAUCCGUUCUAUUUGCCUGGGACAGAAAUACAUUCCAAGAGGUUUGAAGGUACAAUCAAUGCCAUUCUGGCAGGACAAUAAAUGAGUUCAUGUUAAUAGUAAAGUAUACAGCUUUUUAUUUAGCUUUGUUAAACUAUAGAAUUUCUACGGUAUAAAUAUAAUAAUGAUUUAAAUUUAAAACGCUACGCUAAAUAAACGCCUCCUCCUAAUGUUUUUCCAA